AUGCCUCAUGUGGGUGAUGAUGUGAUUGUUGAGGCUCUUAAAGUGGACAGUCUACAGAAACUUUGCUCAUCAUUGGAACCGAUUCUUCGGAGAGUUGUUAGUGAAGAAGUGGAGCGAGCUUUGGCAAAAUUAGGGCCUGCCAAACUAAAUGGGAGGUCAUCUCCGAAAAGAAUUGAGGGACCCGAUGGAAGGAACCUUCAGCUCCAAUUCAAAUCCAAGUUGUCACUCCCUCUCUUCACGGGUGGAAAAGUGGAGGGAGAACAGGGCUCCGCAAUCCACGUAGUGCUGCUCGAUGCAAACACGGGUCGUAUCGUAACUUCUGGCCUAGAGUCCUCAGUCAAGCUAGAUGUUGUCGUGCUUGAAGGCGAUUUUAACAACGAGGAUGAUGAGGACUGGAGCCAGGAGACAUUCGAGUCUCACAUAGUCAAAGAGAGGGAGGGGAAGAGGCCACUCCUCACUGGGGAAUUGCAAGUGGCUCUAAAGGAAGGUGUUGGCACACUUGGGGAGCUGACGUUUACCGACAACUCAAGCUGGAUCAGGAGCAGAAAAUUUCGGCUUGGCCUGAAAGUUGCUUCGGGUAGCUGUGAUGGGUUACGGAUCCGGGAGGCGAAAACGGAUGCCUUUACUGUCAAGGAUCACAGAGGGGAAUUGUACAAGAAACAUUAUCCUCCUGCGCUAACUGAUGAAGUUUGGAGGUUGGAGAAGAUCGGGAAGGAUGGGUCAUUCCAUAAGAGGCUUAAUAAAUCUGGAAUACACACGGUUGAGGAUUUCUUGAGAUAUGUUGUGAGAGACCCGCAGAAACUCCGAAAUAUUCUUGGAAGUGGGAUGUCAAAUAAGAUGUGGGAUGUCCUUGUGGAGCACUCAAAGACUUGCGUUCUGAGUGGAAAGCUCUAUGUAUACUACCCGGAUGAACCAAGAAAUGUUGGCGUCAUUUUUAACAACAUCUACGUGUUCAGUGGUUUGAUUGCUGGCGGACAGUAUCAUUCAGUUGAUUCUCUUUCUGAGAAUCAGAAGGUCUUUGUGGAUACACUGGUGAAGAAGGCCUACGACAACUGGAAUCACGUCAUAGAAUAUGAUAGCAAAUCACUUUUGGGCUUUGAUCAGAACAAAGGCUCGGAUUCAUCUCAGAAUGAUCUGCGAAUGCAAACACAUCAACCAAACUCUUUUCACCAGCUCAGUCAACCUACUCUGCCAGCACCAAUUCCAGCCGAACAUACUUUCAUGGACCCAGGAUUGACCAUCGGAGAUUACAAUGACAACAUUGGAGGCCGAUAUUCAGUGCAACAACAAAACACGAAUAUCAAUGCAUCUGUACCAUUAAACAACAGCACUUCGUACACCCAUAACCAGCUGAUAAAUGCGACCCAUCAAUCUCAGGCAUCUGGAAGUGAAAACAUGCUGGCUCUCGGACCACCUCUCUCGACCACACCUUUCACUCCUUUUAGGGGCUUAGAUGAUAUACCAGAAGAUGAAAUUCGUGUGAGGAGCCAUGAAAUACUCGAAAACGAGGAUAUGCAGCAUCUGCUACGCGUAUUCAGCAUGGGUGGCCAUCAUCAUAAUGCUUCGUUUAGUGCCAGUGAGCAUAAUAAUUAUCCAUAUUCCGCUUUUACCCCUAUCACGCCUUCGAAUUUUGGUUUCGGAGAAGAACGCGCGCGUUCGUCUGGUAAAGCCGUUGUGGGUUGGCUCAAGCUAAAAGCAGCUCUAAGGUGGGGCAUUUUUAUCAGGAAAAAAGCUGCCGAGAGAAGAGCACAAAUAAUCGAGCUAGAUGACUUCUAG